UAGGCCACCGUUCUCAUCUACCUCUUUCUUCUAAGGCCCAGGCUCUUCCUCGUUGCUUUGCAUCUGCUUUCUUUCAUUUUUCUCUGAUCCACUGUUCACUUCCCUUGCAAAUCAACAGACAUGGCCGGGGCCGUAGUAGGAGGAGCACUUCUCUCAGCUUCUUUCCAAGUUCUAUUUGACCGGAUGGCUUCUCGCGACGUCCUCACCUUCCUCCGGGAACAGAAACUCAGUGCUACGCUCCUAAGGAAGUUGAAGAUGAAAUUUCUGGCACUUAAGGCAGUGCUGAAUGACGCCGAGGCCAAGCAAAUCACGAAUUCAGAUGUCAAAGAUUGGGUGGAUGAGCUGAAAGAUGUUAUGUAUGAUGCAGAGGACCUAGUGGAUGAGAUCACCACUGAAGCUUUACGAUGCAAGAUGGAGUCUGAUUCUCAAACCACUGCAACUCAGGUACCGAACAUCAUCUCUGCCUCGCUUAAUCCGUUUGGUGAGGGGAUCGAGUCCAGGGUAGAGGGGAUCACUGACAAACUAGAAUUGCUUGCACAAGAAAAAGAUGUUCUAGGAUUGAAAGAAGGCGUUGGAGAAAAAUUGUCAAAAAGAUGGCCGACAACUUCCUUGGUAGAAGAGUCUGGGGUGUACGGUAGGGGUGAUAAUAAAGAGGAGAUAGUUAAUUUUUUGUUGUCCCAUAACGCAAGUGGGAAUGGGAUAGGUGUGAUCGCCCUGGUGGGUAUGGGCGGUAUUGGAAAGACCACACUUACUCAGCUGGUCUAUAAUGACAGGAGAGUGGACAGAUAUUUUGACCUUAGAGCAUGGGUUUGUGUUUCAGACGAAUUUGAUCUUGUCAGGAUAACGAAAACAAUUGUUAAGGCAAUCGAUUCCGGGACUUCUGAAAAUUCGUCUGAUGAGAAUGAUUUGAAUCUGCUUCAACUUAAACUGAAGGAGAGACUUAGCAGGAAGAAAUUCUGUCUUGUCCUUGAUGAUGUUUGGAAUGAAAACUAUAAUAAUUGGGAUAGGCUACAAACUCCGUUCACUGUUGGCCUACCUGGAAGUAAGAUUAUUGUAACUACACGAAGUAAUAACGUUGCAACAGUCAUGCAUUCAGACCGUAUUCAUCAUUUGGGACAGUUAUCCUUUGAGGACUGCUGGUCGCUAUUUGCAAAACAGGCAUUUAAAAAUGGAGAUUCUAGUCGGCAUCCAAAGCUAGAAGAAAUUGGCAAAGAGAUUGUAAAAAAGUGUAAAGGACUGCCUUUGGCUGCAAAGACCCUCGGGGGUGCCUUAUACUCAGAAUCACGAGUAGAAGAAUGGGAAAAUGUAUUGAAUAGUGAAACCUGGGAUUUACCAAAUGAUGAAAUUCUCCCUGCCUUAAGGUUAAGCUAUUCUUUUCUUCCUUCCCAUUUAAAGCAGUGUUUUGCGUAUUGCUCAAUUUUUCCUAAGGACUACGAAUUUGAAAAGGAAAACUUAAUUCUAGUGUGGAUGGCAGAAGGUUUUUUGGACCAAUCUGCAAGCAAGAAAACAAUGGAAAAGGUGGGUGAUGGGUACUUUUAUGACCUAGUAUCAAGGUCAUUUUUUCAGAAGUCCAGUAGCCACAAAUCAUAUUUUGUAAUGCAUGAUCUCAUCAACGACUUGGCUCAACUUGUUUCGGGAAAAUUUUGUGUUCAGUUGAAGGAUGGUAAGAUGAAUGAAAUUCCUGAAAAGUUUCGCCACUUAUCAUACUUUAUAAGUGAAUAUGAUCUCUUUGAGAGAUUCGAGACCCUUACUAACGUGAAUGGCCUUCGGACCUUCUUACCCUUGAACCUAGGCUAUUUGCCUAGGUAUCACUUGAUGGAUAAGGUUUCAAAGAAUAGGGGACCAGGCGGUUAUGAUUAUUUAUCAGGGUUUCAAUUGAGUAAUAGAGUUCCAAAUGAUCUAUUAUCGAAAAUUCAAUAUUUACGAGUGUUGUCAUUGUCUUACUAUUGGAUAAUUGAUUUGCCUGAUACAAUUGGAAAUUUGAAACACUUGCGCUAUUUGGACCUUUCCUACACAUCCAUCGAAAGGUUACCGGAUUCAAUUUGUAGCUUGUAUAAUUUACAAACAUUGAUAUUAUCUUUUUGUUGUUGUCUUGUUGAAUUGCCUGUAAUGAUGAGCAAAUUGAUUAGGUUGCGCCAUCUUGAUAUUAGGCAUAGCAAAGUGAAAGAGAUGCCAAGUCAAUUGGGUCAAUUAAAAAGUUUACAAAAAUUGACUAAUUAUAGAGUGGGCAAGGAGAGUGGGCCAAGGGUUGGAGAGUUGAGGGAGCUUUCCCACAUUGGUGGCAUUCUUCGCAUUAAAGAGUUGCAGAAUGUGGUCGAUGGUAGGGAUGCCUCGGAGGCUAAUUUGGUAGGCAAGCAGUACCUGAAUGAUUUGCGGUUGGAGUGGAAUGACGAUGAUGGUGUUGAUCAAAAUGGAGCAGACAUAGUUCUCCACAACUUACUACCUCAUUCAAACUUAAAGAGACUCACGAUUCAAGGAUAUGGUGGUUUAAGAUUUCCAGAUUGGUUGGGAGGUCCCGCAAUGCUGAUGAUCAAUAUGGUGUCCCUACGUCUCUGGCGUUGUAAGAAUGUGUCAGCCUUCCCACCGCUUGGACAACUACCCUCUCUUAAACAUUUAUAUAUCAGUGGGGCGGAGGAAGUGGAAAGGGUGGGUGCUGAGUUUUAUGGGACUGAUUCUUCGUCAACUAAGCCCUCCUUUGUAUCCCUAAAAGCUCUGUCAUUUUCGUUUAUGCCAAAAUGGAAGGAAUGGUUGUGUUUGGGAAGCCAGGGUGGAGAAUUCCCUCGUCUCAAGGAGCUUUAUAUACAGGAUUGUCCCAAGCUAACUGGGGACUUACCAGACCAUCUGCCAUUGUUGACAAAACUAAAUAUUGAAGAAUGUGAGCAGCUUGUGGCUCCACUUCCAAGGGUUCCAGCCAUCCGCGAAUUAACGACGAGGAAUAGUAGUGGUGUGUUUUUUAGGAGCCCAGCUAGUGAUUUCAUGCGUCUUGAGAGUUUGAUUACUUCAGACAUCUCAAAGUGGACGGAACUGCCACCAGUACUGCAGAAGCUCUCGAUUGAAAAUGCCGACUGUUUGGAGUCCCUACUGGAGGAGGAAAUAUUGCAAAGCAAUACUUGUCUUCAAGAUUUGACAUUCACAAAAUGUUCUUUUUCCAGAACCUUGUGCAGAGUUUGUUUGCCCAUUACAUUGAAAUCAUUGCGUAUCUAUGAAUCGAAGAACCUAGAGUUGCUCCUACCUGAGUUCUUCAAAUGUCACUUCUCUUUACUAGAACGUUUGAACAUCUACUAUAGUACUUGCAAUUCUCUCUCGUGCUUCCCGCUCAGCAUCUUCCCAAGGUUGACUUUUCUUCAGAUCUACGAAGUGAGAGGCCUUGAAUCCCUCUCCUUUUCAAUUUCAGAGGGGGAUCCUACAUCUUUUGAUAUCUUGUUCAUCAGUGGGUGCCCUAAUCUUGUGUCUAUUGAAUUGCCAGCGCUCAACUUCUCAGGAUUUUCCAUCUACAAUUGCAAGAAUCUCAAGUCGCUGUUGCACAACGCUGCAUGCUUUCAGUCAUUAACAUUGAAUGGUUGUCCUGAAUUGAUAUUCCCAGUGCAGGGUCUUCCCUCCAACCUAACUUCACUUUCAAUUACAAACUGUGAAAAAUUCAGAUCCCAGAUGGAGUUGGGUCUACAAGGUCUGACGUCUCUUAGACGUUUCAGCAUUUCAAGUAAAUGUGAAGACUUGGAGCUAUUUCCAAAGGAAUGCCUGCUGCCCUCCACCCUUACCUCUCUCGAAAUCUCAGAUCUUCCAAAUCUCAGGUCUCUGGACAGUAAGGGGCUUCAACUGCUCACCACUCUUCAAAAAUUAAAAAUCAGUUACUGCCCGAAGCUCCAAUCCUUGACAGAAGAGGGGCUGCCCACCUCCCUCUCUUUUCUAACAAUUGAAAACUGUCCAUUGCUGAAAGAUCGGUGCAAGUUUGGGACAGGUGAAGAGUGGCACCAUAUAGCUCACAUUCCACACAUUUUGAUCGAUAACCAACUUUUGUAAUGAAGGCUUUGUACAUGUUUCCUGAAGCUGGUGCACCAAGCAGCUCUAUGUUUCCAAGAGUAGAGACUGUGUCUGGAAAUCGCAUUUUUGGUAAUGUGCAGAUGAAGGGAUCAAUUCUGAAGUGUGGCUAAUUAGACUCCCGAGAUCUUGAUAAUCUGAUUUAAAAUCAUCUUAAAGAUCAGGUUAAUAUGGGCAUCGACACUCUCUGAAAGACUCGAAGUAGCUCUCCAGGUUAUUUGGGAACAGAUACCUGCAACAAUGUCUUAUUUUUUCCAAAAAGCAAUGGGAGCAGCUCGGAGAACUUCUUAGAAGAAACAAAGUUUCCUUGCAACAACUGAAAACAUUCCCAGGAGGAAGAUUUGCCAUUGCCUGCCCAUGCAAUAGACGGGUCUUUAGUUGCAAAUUGAUGUUCUUGCCAUGUCUAUGUGUGAUACUUCUUCCAAUCUGUUCUUGACACAUGGUAUGUUUCGAUUCUUGUCCAGUUUUCUGUAAGCAUGGGAUGCUUAUCUGCUUCACCAUUUUUCAUUUUAGGUUUGAGGUAGCCAGCUUGUAGGGCACAAAUCUGAAGUAAGUUCAUUAGAACUCAACAGAACCUUGGAUGCAUUUUCCUUUGAUGACUAAAUGACAACCUAUCUUAAUCCUUGCUUUUAAAUCCUCUGGUGUGUGGGCUGAAAUGGUCCCGUAAUGAUAGAGAACUUGCAUCAAGUGGUAAUGAUAAUCAGCAUUCUUAGCAACCAGUUUUGAAGUUGACAGAGCACACACCUGCUGUGAAAGACACAGCUUGGUCACCUCACCAGAGUGGCCUCCUUGCAUUUGGAGGUGGGACUGCGGAUCAGUAUAUCUGCUUCUGGAGUACCACAAGUGGGAAUCAAUUAAGCCAUGUUGACAUAGGAAGCGAGGUAUAUAAUCUGGCAUGGAGUAAGAUGUGAACGAGGUAGUCAGCACUCAUGGCUCUUCCCAAAAUCAGAUUAUGGUCUGGAAACACCCAUCAAUGACAAUGGUUGUAACUCUAAUUGGUGAUAGUUUGCGGGCACUCUACCUAUUUACAGAUGCAUAAGUGAAUUCCAUAAACAAUAGUGAGUGCAGCAGGGGAUGAGACAUUGCAGUUUAGAAAACACCAGCACCAGUCAAAGAUACUGUUGUUUGAUCAUUGGGACGAAGGCAUAUUUGAUGGCACAUAUGGGCAGAGAAGUGGCAUAGGGACAGCAUCAACUUGCAGCUUGGUACUCUCAGUAAGCUAAUGCCUAAGUCUAAAAAGAGAUGAAGCUAAUUCCCAAGUCUGAAAAGAAAUUUCUCAUUCAACUACGAUGACCAAAGUUGUAGAAAUUUCUCAUAUUGUAGUCUUCUUCUGAAUCAGAUAAAAGUCAAGAGACUUUCUCACGAUGAUUCUGGUUCACUUGGAUAGGCCUGAAGCCAAGAACGAACGCCAUUGGGAAGGAGAUGCAGAGAGGCUUACAAAACACUUUUGUAGCUAUUAUCAUUGGGGUUGGAUGAUAACUUCCAUUUGGCUGUGAAGAAGGUAGAUGGUAGAGGCCAGGAUUCUGAGAAAGAAUUUGAGAUGCUUGUCCUGGACUCUGCUGAGUCUCUGAUCUUCCAAGUGAAAAGCCCAGCAGAAACGCUUCUGAUCAUGCCUUGGAGACACAUGGUAGGUAGUGGCCAUUUUUGAAGUUCUCCAAAGAUCAAAUAACUUGUAGACUAGUUCACUGAAGUUUAUAAUGUUCCACUUUCAAUACUCUUCGAGCAAGAACAGCAGCAUAGAGAAACCAUCAGGAGAUACCCACAAGACUACCCCUCUGAUGUUCCUAUUUAGGCCAGGCUUGUGGAUGAAAAUCUAGGAAUUCUAACUUUGGAAAGAUUUAAAUUUCAGAAAUGUUCAUGGGAAGCUUAUAAAGUUGUAUUGGAUUUAAAGUUG